ACCAAAACCAGAAUUUCAGCGGAUACAGAUGUUAUUGUUGACCUGUGCACGGACGAGAACAUCCGGAAUCCCUCGGACCCAGACCUCUCUCAGCCAAGACAUAGUACUUCCGCCGGAAGAGAAUCCACUGAAGUCAAUAAAGACAUCUUGCCUAACCAUAAGCCAGAUCCUGCCCAGACAGAACGUGAAACUUCACCUUUAACCGAUGAACAGUGUAACAUUACAAAUAAGCAAGCCAAGCCACGUGACCUAACAGUCACCGCCCAGCUACAUGGCCAAGACAUUAAGUUACUCGUAGACACCGGAGCAGGCAUGUCAGUAAUUGAUGAGCAGUUUGCACGAGACAUCUAUAAAGGUGAACUACCCAAGUUACAGAAAAGCGCCCUCGCUAACGUCAAAACUGUCAGUGGUGAGGAACUGCCAGUGCUUGGAAAAAUUAAAGUCACGCUUCAAAUAGCAGGAGGAAAAUAUCCCUGUGAGUUACAAGUAGUCAAGAACCUCACAUACGAAGCUGUUCUGGGUCGAGAUUUCUUGAGAGCUAAUGGUGCAGUGAUAAACUUACGACAAGGAACUUUACAAUUAGAUGACAGCCCCACAGACCAGUUGGCCGCCGGUAUUUCUUGUCCAGUUCGAGUAUUAUCAACUUGUGUCAUCCCUCCUAGUUCAGAAACAGUACUUCCUGUCAGUCUGGAUUCGGAAUUUUCAGCUGGGACUGUUGGCUUGAUAGAAACAUCUCAGCACCUGAUGGACCGUUAUCAACUACAGGGCGCCGCAGUUUUGGCUACUGCAACCGCUGACCACACAGUACCCUACAGGCUGAUUAAUCCAACAAGCAAACCUGUUACGCUCUAUAAGGGAGCAAACCUUGGAACUUUUACCAGCCAUAGUAGCAACUUGCAAGUUUUCAGCCUUGACACAGAAGUCUCACAGCAAGGAAAACCUGAAACAGACAUCCCUGACGUCCCUGUUGACUUCUCAAACUCUGCCCUGACGGAAUCACAGCAGAAACAACUUCAGCAGUUAAUAAACGAAUACAGGGAUAUCUUCGCUCUGUCUCCAGAAGAGCUAGGAAGAACCAACUGGGUCCAACACACCAUAGAUACUGGUGAUGCCUCUCCCAUCCGCAUGCGACCUUACCGAGUACCUGAAGCCCAGAAAGAGAGAAUAGAGAAGUGUAUUGACGAAAUGUUGGACCAAGGGGUUAUCCGCCCCUCAGCGUCGCCCUGGGCAAGCCCUGUAGUGCUUGUUAAGAAGCCCGAUGGCUCUGAUAGGUUCUGCGCCGACUUCAGAAGGGUGAACGCUAUUACCAAGAAAGAUUCCUACCCAUUACCACGCAUAGCAGAGAGCUUAGAUGCCCUGGCUGGUACCCAGUACUUCUCUAGCAUGGAUUUGAUGUCCGGCUACUGGCAGAUCGAGAUGGACCCUGAGUCUCGAGAAAAGACCGCCUUUGUCACCCAUGCUGGCCUGUUUGAGUUCAAUGUGAUGGCAUUUGGUCUCUGCAAUGCACCGAGUUGCUUCCAGCGCUUAAUGGAGUGCGUUUUAAGAGGUUUAAACUGGAGAAUAGCGUUGAUUUACCUAGAUGAUGUGCUCGUAUAUUCCCGUACCUUUGAUGAGCAUCUACAGCAUCUCCGCCUGGUGUUUGACCGAUUCCGAGAAGCCGGCCUUAAACUCAAACCAAAGAAGUGUUCCUUUGGCCAGAAGAAUGUAAAGUUCCUGGGCCAUGUUAUUUCACCAGAGGGAGUACAGCCAGAUCCUGCAAAGAUCGAGGCCAUUAAGGAGUAUCCAGUCCCCCGCAAGGUAAAAGAUGUCCGUGCCUUUCUCGGUCUAGCAAAUUAUUACAGGAAAUUUGUCAAAGACUUCGCCAAAAUUGCAGGCCCUCUGCAUGAACUCACCAAGAAAGGGUUAAAAUUUCAGUGGACCAACGAGUGCCAAGCCGCUUUCGACCUUCUCAAAACAGCUCUGACCCAGGCCCCCAUCUUGGCCUAUCCUGACUUCACGUUGCCAUUCGACUUGUACGUUGAUGCAAGCGAUGACGCACUUGGUAUGGUUCUAGGACAGAUACACAACGGCCGGGAGGUGGUAAUUUCAUACAGCGGACGCAAGUUACUUCCCGCUGAGAAAAACUACAGUGUCACUGAACGAGAAGCCCUCGCCGCUGUAGCUGGUGUCAAGUACUUCCAGCCAUAUCUGUACGGUCGUAAAUUUACAAUCCACACAGACCAUAAUGCAGUGCGCUGGUUAAUGAAUAUCCGGGAACCAACCGGCCGCCUUGCUCGAUGGGCAUUACUCCUCCAGCAAUACGACUUCGAAAUUGUCCACCGUUCCGGGAAAAGCAAUGGUAAUGCUGAUGCUCUUUCCAGAAGAGAAUAUGACUCCCUCGUUGCUGCAUUAGACACCCCUGGAGUACAAACAAACAGAAUUAAGGACUUACAACGCAAAGAUCCCGCUCUUGCCGAUAUCAUUGCGUACCUGGAAUUUGAAGACCUCCCCGAGGACAGUAAAGCCGCCAAGAAACUUCUCUACACGAUUGAGCAGUAUUACCUUGACCCUGAUGGAAUUUUGUGCCACAUUUGGAUUCCAGGAGGAAAACGGGUGCCAACGCCCAAGUCUCAGCUUGUGGUCCCUUCCUCCUUACGGCACGAAGUCCUUAUAAAUGCCCAUGACGUACCGACUGGCGGUCACCUCGGAGUAAACAAGACCUAUGCCAAGCUUCGAGAUCGCUAUUUCUGGCCUAAGAUGUACAUGGAUGUCCAACAUUGGUGCUUGAGCUGCGAACAUUGUGCCAUGAAAAAGUCCCCCAAGCAGCGCCAGACAGCACCACUCCUUCCAAUCCCAGUGGAAGCACCAUUUGAGAAGGUUAGCUGCGACAUCAGUGGUCCGUGGCCCGUAACACAUAAUAAUAAUCGCUAUAUAUUGGUCUUUGUGGAUAUGUGUACGAAAUGGACAGAAGCAUUCGCCAUACCAAACAUCGAGGCCAAAACCGUUGCAGAAAUCUUCGUGAACGAAAUUGUCAGUCGCCAUGGUGCCCCACGUGUGCUCUUGUCAGAUCGUGGAUCUAACUUCCUUUCCAGCCUGUUCCGUGAAGUUUGUUUCCUAAUGAAUACCGACAAGAUCUUCACAAGCGGAUAUAGGCCCCAGACAAAUGGAUUAGUGGAGAGGUUUAACGGUACCUUGGCACAAAGUCUCUCUAUGUAUGUCAGCAGCCAUCAAAAGGACUGGGACGAGCAACUGAGUUCCGUUCUGUUCGCCUACAGAGUGUCACCUUCAGAAGUUACCGGUGAAUCCCCAUUCUACAUGCUGUAUGGUAGAGAACCGCUAUUGCCAAUGGAUACCGCCCUGCUGCCCCCAAGGGAAAUGUCCCCGCUGGUCGCCGAGCAUAGAGCCCGUGUAGUAGAACACGUGGAAAGGGUGCGGCGAAUAGCGGCAGAAAACACACAACGGGCGCAACAGAAGAUGAAAGAACUCCAUGAUCUCCAAGCAGUACCGCCUCCGUUCUCCCUUGGAGACAAGGUGUGGGUUUAUACCCCCAAGAACCGUAAGGGGCUUUCCAAGAAGCUAGCUCACAAUUACCAUGGCCCUUAUCGUAUCGUCGAGUUUCUCUCUCCAGUACACUGUGUUCUGCGUGCAAUGGAUAACCGCCGUGUAUCCACGACAGUUCACGUAGCUAGAAUGAAACGUUACGUGGACCCAGCGUCCCGUCCAAUACGUCAACUUCCCGACGACAUUGACGAGCCUUACCUGUUGGACAGUGACCUCCCAGACGAUAGUUUUGCCGGCGCCCAUGUUCCCUCAGCGGACGCCCCAGAUCAGAUGCCAGAGUUAAUCGACUGUUCCGAUUCUGAAGACGAUGAUAAUGCCAGUACUGCCGGGGAAUUAGACUACGACGCUGACCAACCCGAUGAUAUUUAUACUGCGGAAGAAAUUGUUAAACAACGAUUGCGAAAUGGUAAACCAGAAUACUUUAUCAAAUGGUUGGGCUUUCCCGCCAGCCACAACACAUGGGAACCAGCAGAAAAUAUCCUUGACAAGCGCCUCAUUACUUCAUUUUACAAGAAACACCCCCGCGCUAAACGUCUCGAUGCAGAUCCAGACUAUGCUCCUACUAAUGUAGCAUUACUUUCCUGGACGGAACGUUCCGCCAGUACUGCCACAGUGGCCGCCCUUGCUCCAAGCUACAAACGACGCGUUUCCCGCCAAAAAGAACCGCUGACCAGUCCUGGAUACGUCUCUCAUGUGCAUGCCACCGAUUUGGCCGCUAAACCAAACCUGACCCAGGUUCCUGUGAUCCACGCAGACGUUCACAAGGGGUUGAAACCUAGUGCGAACCCAGUUCCCCGCCCACGGACACGGUCUUCUACCAGUGACGUAACUUAUCGCGCCCACAUCGCCCCAGUUCCCUCUCCCUGGCCUCGACACAGAUCCUGGUUGUCACAGUUCCCAGCUACCCGUUUCUGGUUAUUUUUGUUGCUCUCGCUAGCAAUGGUACCAACCGGAAGCGGAAAUGAAUACGACGCGACAGGCCGAGAAGUUUCAUUUUACCCUAAUGCAAUGAUGUUAGCCACAAAUCCAAAGGCUAUGGUUUUCUUUCGAGACACCAAGCUCGUGAGCGUGCAUUUGAAUUUACCGCACGUUCACAAAGGAGAUUCAACUGUAAUAAAUUCCACUUGUGAUCCUGAGUUGGCCAAAUUUUACGAUCGCGUUCUUAUGUCUAUCCGCGGGGUACAGCGCGCAACUAGUCGCCUCCUCUCAAUUCAGGGAGUAACAGACCUUUUGGAGUGUGACUCGUAUCUGCGACGCUUCUACGCGUACGUUACCGGUUCGCAAUCGACCCUACAGUGCCAGAAACGACAUUAUGCAAAUAGCCUUCAAGAUUGUAAAAGUUGGGCCUUGCGUGAUUGUCACGCAACCUCCCCACACGAAAACGCUUGGUUGGCUAGUACGAAUGACCGCAAACGUCGUUCUCCCUGGUAUUGUUAUGCUGGAUUGGCUGGCAUUCCGCGAUUUUUCUACACCCUAGGUGGUGGACAUUGCGAUUCUCCAAACUAUUUCGGUCUCACAACGGUCUUACGAGAAUAUGCCUCAACAAUGGACGCGGCACAACGCCUGAUUCGUGUUGUUAAUGGGAAAACGGUCUACUUAGUCAAAACUACAGAUAUGCUGAACUCAAAAUUAAAUCAAGUCAUUCAUUCCCUUCGCUUGAUGGCAGGAGCGUACUCUGGUUGGAAUACUCGCUUUGCUGAAUACGCAAAGGACCAAAACUGUCACUUUAAUUUGCAUCAUGAGUUUAUUUCCCUCUACACAAUGGAAGUAAACAAAGCAUUGACCUCUUUGUUACGCUUAACAGAGAUUGAUGACCUAUUACGGCAACUGGCGCACGUUUCUCGCAAGAACUUGGUUAGCUAUGCCGAUCUUCCUGGCUUUCUGACCGCCGAUUUGUCAAUCAAGCUUGCCACUGUCCCUUCCCUCGCGAACACUCUCGAUGCUUUAAAAGAUGGUUUCCCACUGCUCAUGGAGCCUUUGAUUGACUACCACAUUGCCAACUCCAGAAACCUUCAAUUACAUCUUUUGUUCACUCUCCCAACAUUGGAUCAACAUGCCGCUAUUUGCACAAUGGAACAGUUAGUUCCAUUGUCUUAUCAAAUUAACAACAAGUGCUUUGGCGGAACAAUAGCGCGGCAUGAUCUGGUUUUAUUGACCUGUGACAACAAAAGGUAUGUUUUGAAACAAGCCGAGCUAGACCAAUGCUUCAAGGAAGAAACCACCCUUCUGUGCCCAGCUGAUGUCCUGUCUACUGUGGAAAACCCGUUGUGGCUUGGUCUCAAGUGGACCCCCCAAACUAAGCUUUCUUUUCAACAUGCCCAUUCCCCAUUACCCCAUUGUCGUAACUUAAGACCACUUGUGCAUCUGGGGGGGCGGUUUUAUUUAUCCACCGUUUUUAAUAAUAUUUCUAUUCAUACUAACCACAGUUCAAAGUUAUUAAUGUUACAGCCAUUCAGCAUUUACCAUUUUCCAUGUAAUGUAUGGUUUUCACACCAACGUACUGGGUUAGGACGUUGCCCCGAGCAGCUGACGUUUCAAUUUCCUCUGUUUCAUGACGGGCAAUUUCAGUUUGUACCUUGGGUUGCCCUCCCCUUGCAAAAUAACACCGCAUUUUCCGUACCCAAUUUUGUUAUUCCUACCCCAUUGCACAUUGAUAAUUCAACUCUUCAGUCCCUCGAUACCACUUAUGAUACCCUAGACCAAGAUUUGACCCGUAGGCUACAAAAAGUACGAAAGGAUAUUAAGAACAUUCAUCAGGUUUCCCACCCGAGUUUGUUUACAGUGCUAAUCUACCUUUGUCUUGCUUUUACCAUCUGCAACUUUAUUGUUUUGGUCGUGUUUUAUCGCUUAUUGUCCAAAAAGGUCUCCGGUCCUGUUCCGCCGAUUUCCCCUCCUCGCCCUCUGGAAAGCAUUCCC